AUGGCCAACCAACAAUCAGCGGGACCCACAAAACAACAAAUGGAGGCGGUCUUUAGUCGCCUUAGAUCCCAACCUGCAAAUAAAGCCUGUUUUGAUUGUGGUGCCAAGGCACCCACCUGGGCCACUGUUACCUAUGGUGUUUUCAUUUGUAUCGAUUGUUCCGCGGUACAUCGCAGUUUGGGUGUCCAUUUGACCUUUGUACGUUCAACUAAUUUGGAUACAAAUUGGACAUGGCUGCAGUUGCGUCAAAUGCAAGUUGGCGGUAAUGCAAAUGCCAAUGCCUUCUUUCGUCAACAUAAUUGCAACACAACAGAUGCUCAGCAAAAAUAUAAUUCCAGAGCAGCACAAUUGUAUCGCGAUAAAUUGCAGCAAUUAGCCCAGCAGGCAAUGAAGGUGCAUGGGACAAAGCUCUUUUUGGAUGGUACAUCGGAGAAACCCGAAAACAAUGAUAACAACAAAGAAGUGGACUUCUUUGAACAAUGCCAUAAUGAUAACAAUAAGGACACGUUUAAUCAUGAUAAUAACAAUACGCAAAGCAAUAUUGAAAAGAUUGAUAUCUCCUUGAAGCCCUCAACACCAACACCCACCGCUGAUAAACAACCACAAUUGAAUGCUGGUGCUCCAAGUGUUGAUCUUUUAAAUUCCGUGGUGAAUACACCAACAUCGGGGGGUACACCCUCAAUUGGUGUACGCAAAAUACAACCCAAAAAGGGUGGGUUGGGCGCCCGCAAAGUUGGCGGCCUGGGUGCCACUAAAGUCAAAACCAAUUUUGCUGAAAUUGAACAACGUGCCAAUAUGGCCAAUCAGCUCAAGGAGUCUCCAAUUGUGCCUGAUAAACCUUUAAGUGCGGAAGAGGAAAUCGAAUCGGUUGCCAGCAUGCGUUUAGCCUAUCAAGAUCUAUCGUUGAAGAAGAGCCAGGAAGAGGCCCGAAUGAAAAAUAUCGAUCCCAUUAAGGCCAAACAAAUGGAACGUUUGGGUAUGGGUUUCAAUUUGAAGGGCUCUGAUAUUUCCCAUUCCGUUUUGAGUGACAUGGAGACCAUACAACAGGCUCCGGCCCCAAAAUCAUCGGCCAUCACAUCCUCAUCAUCGAAAAUGUCGGCAUUCGAUAAUGAUAGUUUCUUUAAUGAUUAUUCCACCAGUAUGUAUAGUGGUAGCGGCAAUGGAGGUUUCUCCAACUCCUCCUCCACAUCGAAUAAAAUCGAUAAACAAGAAUUGGAAAUGAUGGGCUUUGAGACAAUCGAACCCAUUGGCUCGUCUCAUUCAAAUAUUACAUCGAUGUUUAGUGGUGGUGCAGCAGCGGAUACCAAACCCAAAACCCCAACAACUUCCGUGAGCAGCAGCUAUUCCCGUAAACCUGGCCCCCAAUCGAUUAGCAAACAAAGCUAUGAGGAAAAUUCGGCCCAAAAGAAAUUCGGCAGUGCCAAGGGUUUUGGCUCCGAUCAAUUCUUUAAUGAUGGCCAAUCGCGUGAUGAUAUUUCCUCGAAUUUGUCAAGAUUCCAAGGUUCAUCAUCGAUAUCAUCGGCUGAUUAUUUUGGUGAUGGUUCGAGUCAAAGUAGCCGAGGGGGUUCAAGGGGUAAUGCCUACAACACCGGUGUGGUGAACUUCCAGGCCCCCGAUUUGGAUGAUGUCAAGGAAAGUGUACGCCAGGGUGUCCACAAAGUUGCCGGCCGUCUCAGCAAUUUGGCCAAUGAUGUUAUGUCUUCGCUGCAGGAUAAAUAUGGUUACUGAUAGUGUUU